UCUCUCUCUCCUCUCUAUCUCUCCCUCUCUCUCUCCUCUCUAUCUCUCCCUCUCGCUCUCUCUCCUCUCUAUCUCUCCCUCUCUCCUCUCUCUCUCUCUCUCUCUCUUACUUCGCGGCUCCCUGACUCUACCUCUGCAGUCUGCUCCAGCUCCACCGUGCUGUGCUGGUCUCUUCUUUCUUGCCUGAACCAGCCAGGGAAGAUGUCGUCCAACCCGUCCCCAGGAGCAGGGUCUGGACCCGGGGCCAAACCCAAAUCCCAGUCCCCCUUCAGGAAGAGGGGCAGCCUGCAGUACUCAACCAGCCCAUUUGACCCCCGUGGUGCCCGCCACCUCCUGACUUCCCAGCAUUCCUUGCCAGGGAUCCCCGUAGCGCUGAAACAGACCAUUGACCUACGCACCUCCAUGGACGGCAAGUACAAGGAGAUUGCUGAGGAGCUGUUCUCUCGCAGCUUAGCAGAGCGUGAUAUGCUCAGCGCCCCUUAUGAGUUCCCUGAGGACAGUCCCAUAGAACAGCUGGAGGAGAGACAACAACGACUACAGAGACAGAUCAGCCAGGAUGUCAAGUUUGAGCCAGAUAUCCUUCUGCGAGCCAAACAGGAGUUAAUGAAGACUGACAGCGCUACUGACCUAGAAUACCUGAAGGAGCAGAGCCAGGCAUUCAUGGACCUGUAUCCCAAGGAGAUGGAGCGGGAAGGAGAGAAGGAGUACCAGCGGGUCUCCAUCUCUGGAGAGGAGAAAUGUGGGGUUCCCUUCACAGACCUGCUGGAUGCUGCUAAGUGUGUAGUGAAGGCCUUGUUCAUCAGGGAGAAGUACAUCGGCCUGUCCAUGCAGAGCUUCUGUCGGACCACAGCCAGCUACCUGGAGGAGCUCAGUGACAGACCUCUAGAUAUGGGUAUCUAUGAGGAGAUACCUGAGACUUCUGUUACUGCAGACUUAGACCAGACGGUCCAUCCUCCUGUCUCCGCCACACACCCCUAUGAGAACCAGGACCCCGCCUGUAUGCCUCCUGAUAUAGGCUACGGCUGCAAGAUGGUAAACGGUGUCGUCCACAUCUACACAAAGAAGGACAGCAUGGACACGUCUACAGAGUUGGAGCUGCCCUACCCAGACCUAUCGGAGUACAUCGCUGAUAUGAACGUCAUGACGGCCCUCAUCAUCAACGGACCCGUGAAGUCGUUCUGUUACCGUCGCUUACAGUACCUGAGUUCUAAGUUCCAGAUGCACAUCCUGCUGAAUGAGAUGAAGGAACUGGCAGCUCAGAAGAAAGUUCCUCACAGAGAUUUCUAUAACAUACGCAAGGUGGACACCCACAUCCACGCCUCGUCCUGUAUGAACCAGAAACACCUGCUGAGGUUCAUCAAGAGGGCCAUGAAGAAGUAUCCAGGGGAGAUCGUCCAUGUGGAGAGAGGCAAGGGACAGACGCUCAUGGAGGUGUUCCAAACCAUGAACCUCACAGCCUUCGACCUCAGUGUGGAUACACUGGACAUGCACGCUGACCGCAACACUUUCCACCGCUUUGACAAGUUCAACGCCAAAUACAACCCCAUCGGCGAGUCCAUCCUGAGAGAGAUCUUCAUCAAGACAGACAACCAUGUAGAAGGGAAAUACUUCGGACACAUCAUCAAGGAGGUGAUGGCUGACCUGGAGGAGAGUAAAUACCAGAACGUGGAGCUGCGUCUGUCCAUCUACGGCCGACAGAGGGACGAAUGGGACAAGCUGGCCCAGUGGGCCGUCAAACACCAAGUCUACUCUAACAACGUACGCUGGCUGUUGCAGGUGCCACGACUCUUUGACGUGUACCACACAAAGAAGCAGCUGUCUAACUUCCAAGAGCUGCUGGAGAACAUCUUCAUGCCUCUGUUUGAGGUCACCAUCGACCCCACCAAUCACCGUGAGCUGCACCUCUUCCUACAGCACGUGGUGGGCUUCGACAGUGUGGACGACGAGUCUAAACCAGAGCAUCACUGCUUCAACAUGGAGAGUCCUCUGCCAGCCAACUGGACUGAGGAAGACAACCCUCCGUAUGCCUACUACCUGUACUAUAUGUACGCUAACAUGACCGUGCUCAACCACCUGCGCAGGCAGAGAGGUUUCAACACCCUGGUGCUGCGCCCUCACUGUGGGGAGGCGGGGCCUAUCCAUCACCUGGUGUCAGGUUUCAUGCUGUCAGAAAACAUCUCCCACGGACUACUGCUUAGGAAGGCCCCUGUGCUGCAGUACCUGUACUACCUGGCUCAGAUCGGCAUCGCCAUGUCUCCUCUCAGCAACAACAGCCUGUUCCUCAGCUACCACCGUAACCCUCUGCCUGAAUAUCUGUCCAGAGGACUCAUGGUCUCACUGUCCACUGACGAUCCUCUGCAGUUCCACUUCACUAAGGUUGGUGAACCCCAACGAUGUAUAGAAAUAAACGCUAUGAAUAGCGGUAUGCAAAUAUAUGCUAUAUUACAUGUCUAUGAUGCCAUGUCACUAGCUAGAAAUAUUUCCAUCCAAUUGGCAACUGAUUUUCAUGAAAAUAUUCAUUAAAAAAAUCUACAUAAAGAAAAUAUACGCAUU